AUGUCUGUCGAAUUGGAACCCUCGAACGGCAUUCUUGCUUUCCGCAGACCCUUUACCCAGAUGGUGAAGGAGGCUCUUGUGGUUCGCAAUCCUAACAAUCAACCUGUUGCGUUCAAAGUUAAGACAACUGCGCCUAAACAAUACUGUGUACGACCCAACUCUGGCAGGAUUGAAGCUGGUGGUGUCGUCGAAGUUCAAGUCCUCCUCCAAGCAAUGAAAGAAGACCCCCCUCUCGACCACAAAUCUAAGGACAAGUUCCUUAUCCAAUCCACCCCCAUCACCGCCGACCUCGAAACCACCUCCCUCCCCGACCUCUGGGCACAUAUCGAAACCCAUGCGCGCGCCUCUAUUGAAGAAAAGAAGAUCCGCGUCCAAUACCUCCCUGCCGCCGGUGUGGACGGCGGCCACCACGUCGAGCCCUCCGAAAGCGCGACAAUCGCUCACGACCGUUUCGCGAGCAGCGUCUCACAGCCCGAGAGUCCUAUCUCUCCCAUCGGAGAUUUGAAUAAGUACGCCAAUGCGUCGAACGCAUCCUCCGCUCCUCGCUCUAUCCCCGGCACCGCCGCUCCCGCAAGCUAUAACCUUGGCGAACCCAUCACUGUGGGCGCCACCAGCGCUACUACCACUACUGGCUACAGCGCCUCUGCCCGUAGCGGUAACUCGGAGUUGGAGGAGGCUCGUGACAAGAUUUCGAGGUUGGAGAGAGAGUUGCAGGAGCAGCAGACACUCCGUCAGCGGAAUGUCGCGGGUACGGAGAAGAGCUCUAAGGUGGCUGGUGCUGUUCAGAGUGCGGUUGUGCAGGGUGCGCAGGGCGUCCCUGUCCAGUAUGUGGUUGCGUUGUGUUUGGCCGCUUUCUUCCUUGCUUAUUUUGCUUUCUGA